UACAAGUGCCACUUCAGAAUUCUCGACGACCGGUGCAGAGACCACGCCUGAGACAGGGACUACAAUAUCAACUGCAGCAUCAACAAGAUCAUCAGCAUCAACAACUGAAAGCAGCUCCACUUCAACAUCAGCAGCGGAAUCAACAACAGUCUCAACAUCACAGGGCACUACUACAAGUGAAACCUCAACUGCAAGUACAGUGACCACCACUGGAGUACCAAGUUCUACAUCAACUCCUGCUUCCACAAGUACUGCAGAAUCAACAGCCACAAGCAGCUCCAUUACAAUCCCUACAGUUGAAUCCACAACAACUGCAACAACAGAAGGACUUACGACAACUGAAGCAGAUACGUCAACUGCUAGUACAGAGACAAGCACUGCACAGGCAACCUCUUCAUCAACUCUUGCAUCAACGAGCACAUCUAGUGCAACAAGCACCGCAAGUUCCACUCCAGCUUCGAAAAGCAUCUCAACAUCACCGCUCACUACAAGUGAAACUUCACUUACAAGUAUGGAGUCCACCCGUGAAGUACUGAGGUCUACAGCACGUCUUGCACCAUCAAAUUCAACAGAAUCAACAACUACAAGCAGCUCUCGCCCAACGGCUGCAGUUGCAUCUACGACAUCUGAAACAACACAAGCUUCAACAAGAACUGUCAUAUCAGAAACUCUAACUACCAGUGCAGAGACCAUCAGUGCAAUUGUGACUACAACAUCAACUCCAGCAUCAACUAGUUCAACACCACAAACAACUGAGAGCAGCUCCAUUUCUACAUCAACAUUGGAAUCAACUCCAGUUUCGGUGCAGGCCAGUACAACAAGUGGAAACACAACUGCAAGUACACACACCACUACAAGGGCACCAAGUUCUGAACUGUCUCUCACAUCAACAAGUUCAUCAGCACCAACAACUGAAAGCAGCUCCACUUCAACAUCAGCAGCGGAAUCAACAACAGUCUCAACAUCACAGGGCACUACUACAAGUGCAUCAACUGAAACCUUGACUGCAAGUACCCAGGCCAUCUUCACAGGACCAUCCUCUACAUCAGCUGCUGCAUUGACAAGUACUACAGCAGCAACAACUGCAGAAAACUCUACUGAAGCACUUAGAACUGAAUCAACUACAAUGACAGCAACAACACUCACUACAAGAGAAUCAUCCUCAGCAGAAACUACUUCAAUAUCUGUUCAAACCUCAACAAAUUUCCCUGUCACAAGCUCAGCAGCAACAGCGACCACCAGUGAAACAUCCACAACAAACACAACCCACCUACUGACAGUUGAACCCCCCAUUGUGCCUGAAACUGACAAGCCAAUUCAAACUCAAACAAAAAAAUUUAACGUAACCUUCAUUGUGCUUUCACUGCCAUUCACACCAGUUCUCCAAAAUCUCACUUCCCCAUUAUACCUGGCUGAGUCAAGAAAUAUUAUUGAGAAGCUCAAUAAUCUGUAUGCAAACAGCAAAGUAAAUUCAACAUUCUUGGAUUGUCAACCAUUAUCUUUUAGAUCUGCAAAUGAUGGUAACAGUACAGUUGAAGCAUUCUGUAAUUUUAUAAAGAGUGCCAAUGGCCAGCAAGUUGAUGAAGUUCAACUCUACCAUGAAUUCCGAGACAACACACAAGGCAUCACCAGCUUAGGAAACUAUUCAUUGGACAAUAACAGCCUCUAUGUAGAUGGUUAUCAUGAAUCAUCAGUUUUGACAACAACAACAUCAGCAGUGACAACAACGCAAACUCCAAAUUUGGGACAGAAGCGCAUUGAACUUAAUGUGACCUUUGUCAUCACCAACCUAGAGUUCAUACAAAGUCUACAAAAUUCCAGUUCCUUGCUGUUUAAUUCUACAUCAAAUGAUGUCUCUGGACAGCUCACUGCCCUGUUCAAUGAAAGUAAAAUUAAGGAAACAUUUUCAGAUUGCAAAGUUGUCUCCUUCAGCUUGGCAAAUGGUGGCAGCACCAGCGUGUAUGCAAUCUGCACGUUUAGAAAUGAUUCCACUGCUCAGGAGAUUGAUAAAGUUACUGUGUACCAUGAGUUCAGAGACAAUACAAAGAACAUUUCCACCUUGAGAACAUAUUCACUGGACAAUAACAGCCUCUACGUGAAUGGUUAUCAUGAAUCAACACCUUUCCCUACAGUAACACCAGUGGUGACAACAACGCAAACUCCAAAUGUGGCAGAGAAGCCUAUUGAAUUUAACAUUACCUUUAUCAUCACUAACCUGGAGUUUACAGAAAAUCUACAAGAUUCCAAUUCCUCACUGCACAAUUCUACAUCAGAUAUUAUUGCCCACCAGCUCACGACCCUGCUCAACAAGAGUAAAAUUAAUGAAACAUUUUUACAUUGCAAAGUUGUUUCCUUCAGUGUGGCAAAUGUUGCCAACACCAGCGUGUAUUCAAUCUGCACAUUUAGAAAUGAUUCUAUGCAGGAUUUUAAUAGAGUUACUGUGUACCACGAAUUCAGAGACAACACAAACAACAUCUCCACCUUAGGAAUCUACUCAUUGGACAAUAACAGCCUCUAUGUAAAUGGUUAUCAUGAAUCAACACCUUUUCCAACACUGCCAACAGCUUUGACAACAACACAAAUUCCAAAUGUGGCAGAGAGGCCCAUUGAAUUUAAUGUUACUUUCAUAAUCACCAAUUUGGAAUUUACACAAAGUCUACAAGAUUCUAGUUCCUUGCUGUACAGUUCUGCAUCAGACAUUAUUUCCCACCAGCUCAAUGCCCUGUUCAACAGGAGUAAAAUUAAUGCAACAUUUUCACAUUGCAAAGUUGCUUCCUUCAGCCUUGCAAAUAUUGGCAACACCAGCGUGUAUGCAAUCUGCUCAUUUAGAAAUGAUUCCACUGCUCAGGAGAUUGAUAAAGUUACUGUGUAUCACGAGUUCAGAGACAACACAAAGAACAUCUCCACCUUAGGAAUGUAUUCACUGGACAACAACAGCCUCUACGUAAACGGUUACCAUGAACCAAUUCCUUUACCAACAAUAACACCAGAAGUGACAACAACGCAAACUCCGAGUUUGGAAGAGCAGUUUAUUGAAUUCAAUGUGACCUUUGUCAUCACUAACUUAAAGUUUACACAACCUCUACAAGAUUCCAAUUCCUUGCUUUUCAAGUCUGCUUCAAAUAUUAUUUCUCACCAGCUCACUGAAUUGUAUGGCAAGAGCAAAAUUAAUUCAACAUUUUUAACUUGCGAAACUGUUUCUUUCCGUCCGACAAAUAUUGGCAGUUCCAGUGUGUAUUCAAUUUGCAAGUUCAGAAAUGAAUCUACACCUGAGAAGGUUGAUAAAGUUAUUGCGUACAACGUUUUCCGAAACAACACAAAAAACAUCUCAAUCUUAGGAGCAUAUUCGCUGGACAAUAACAGCCUCUACGUAAAUGGUUACCAUGAAACAAUUCCUUUGCCCACACCAUUUGUGACUACAACUCCAAACCCGCAAGCCGAGUCCUUCGAUUUUAAUGUGACCUUCAUCAUUACUAACUUGGUAUCAACAGCAAACCUAAUAUCACCCAAUUCUGCACUACACAAAUCUGCCUCAAGUAUUAUUAAUUUCCAGUUAAACAACCUGUUUAAAAACAGCAACAUCAAUAGAACAUUCUCAAGCUGCAAAGUUCAAUCAUUCAGUCCUGCAAAUGCUGCCAGCACCAGUGUCUACACAAUCUGUACAUUCACAAAUGGUUCCAAUCCUCAGGAUGUUAAUAGAGUUACAGCGUACCAUGAGAUCAGGGACAACACAAAGGACAUUUCCACUUUGGGAGCAUAUUCACUGGAUAGCAACAGCCUCUAUGUGAAUGGUUACCAUGAAGAGGCUCCUUCAGCCUCACCAUCUGUGACCACAACUCCAAACCUGCAACCACAGUCCUUUGAUUUUAAUGUGACCGUCAUUAUUACUAACCUGCCUACAACAGCAAAUCUAAUAUCACCCAAUUCUGCACUGCACAAAUCUGCCUCAAAUAUUAUUGCCUACCAGCUGAACAACCUGUUUAGAAAUAGCAAUAUCAGCAAAACGUUCUCAAGUUGCAAAGUUCAGUCAUUCAGUCCAGCAAAUGAUGCCAGCACCAGUGUGUACACAAUCUGUACAUUCACAAAUGAUUCCAAUCCUCAGGACGUUAAUAGAGUUACAGCGUACCAUGAGAUCAGGGACAAUACAAAGGACAUUUCCACUUUGGGAGCAUAUUCAUUGGAUAGCAACAGCCUCUAUGUGAAUGGUUACCAUGAAGAGACUCCUUCAGCCACACCAUUUGUGGCCACAACUCCAAACCUACAAACAAAUUCUUUUGAAUUUAACGUGACCUUCAUUAUUACUAACUUGGUUCCGACCUCAAAUCUAAUAUCUUCCAAUUCUGCACUGCACAAAUCUGCAUCAAAUAUUAUUGCUUACCAGUUGAACGACCUGUUUACUAACAGUAACAUCAACAAAACAUUCUCAAGCUGCAAAGUUCAAUCAUUCAGUCCAGCAAAUGCUGCCAGCACCAGUGUGUACACAAUCUGUACAUUCACAAAUGAUUCCAAUCCUCGGGAGGUUAAUAGGGUUAGUGCAUACCGUGAGAUCAGGAACAACACAAAGGACAUUUCUACCUUGGGAGCAUAUUCACUGGAUAGCAACAGUCUCUACGUGAAUGGUUACCACGAAGCAGCUCCUUCAGCCCCACCAUUUGUGGCCACGACACCAAAUCUUCAACCCAAGUCCUUUGAUUUUAGUGUGACCUUCACUAUUACUAACUUGGUUCCAAUAACUAAUCUAAUAUCAUCCAAUUCUGCACUGCACAAAUCUGCCUCAAAUAUUAUUGCUUACCAAUUGAACGACCUGUUUACAAACAGCAACAUCAACAAAACAUUCUCAAGCUGCAAAGUUCAAUCAUUCAGUCCAGCAAAUGAUGCCAGCACCAGUGUGUACACAAUCUGUACAUUCACAAAUGAUUCCAAUCCUCAGGACGUUAAUAGAGUUACAGCGUACCAUGAGAUCAGGGACAAUACAAAGGACAUUUCCACUUUGGGAGCAUAUUCACUGGAUAGCAACAGCCUCUACGUGAAUGGUUAUCAUGAAUCAACUCCUUUAAUCACUGAAGCCCCUGUUGAGGUAGUGACGCUGCAACCAAAUAAAGAGAUAAAACCCAUUGACUUUAAUGUGACUUUCACAAUAAAUAACCUGGAAUUUAAAUCAGAAUUACAAAACAUCAAUUCUGCUGAAUAUACAACUACGUCAAGCAAUGUUAUUAGUUUGCUCAACAAUCUGUACAAAAGCAGCAAGGUAAAUGAAACAUUCACAAAUUGUGAGCUCGUAUCUUUCAGUUCUGCGAAUCAAGGCAAUAGUAAAGUUGAAGCACGCUGUUCUUUUAAAAAUAAUCCUACCAUUCCAGGAGUUGAUAAAGUCAUUGUUUAUAAUGAAUUCAGAGACAACACUGAGAAAAUCACUGCAUUAGGAAUAUAUGCAUUGAACAAAGACAGCCUCUAUGUGGAUGGUUAUCACGAAUUGGAACCAACUACAGCACCAACUAUAUUGUCACCUGAAGUCCGAGAAGGCGAUUUGCCAUUUGAGCUUAACUUCACCAUAAUAAACAGAAAUUUCACUGAAGCACUUAAUGAUCCAAAUUCCCGUGAAUACCAAAGCAUUGUUGCCAAUGUUACCAAAAUGCUUGAAGAGUUGUAUAAAAACAGUGCUUUAAAGGAUAGCUACCGUUUCUGUAAAGUUACAGGACUGAGAAUUGGAUCAGUGAAAUGUAUCUGCACAUGUUACUUUGAUCCUUCUGCUGUGAAUGAACCAGUGAUAGCAGAACAAGUCAAAGCAGAGUUUGCCAUGGGAACAAAUUCAACAAACUUGCUUGGAAAUGUCUACCAGCUGAGAAAUACCAGUUUGGCAGUAGAAGCUAAAGCACCAGUCUCCAGUGACAGAACAGAAAUACCAUAUUGGGCAAUCAUAUUGAUCGUGCUGGGAAUACUGCUUAUCCUUUUCCUGCUCUUCCUCUUUUGUUUAUUAAUUACAUUAUGUCUGAAAAAGAAGUUUCAUGGAUCCUACAACAUGAUGCAACAUCCUACUGGGCUCUACUUUCCUCAUCAGAAAUUCUACUGAUAAAUAAUAAACAUGCAAAUUACUUACAUAUUUAACAAUUUAGCAGUCCUUAAAAGAACAUGAUUAUAUUUGUGUAGUUACUAUUUAAUGUUGGAUCCCAAAUUGAGAAUGUAUGCUUCUCAUUGAAAGCUAAAUUCUGCCAAAAAGCACUUAAAAAUACAUAAUAAAAUAGAAAUAGUGGUUGCUAUAAAUGUCAGGCUGAAAUAACUAUUUGAAUCUGUUAAAUAUGUCACAAAGAAAUUAACAAAGUUAUGAUAAAUAAACACUAGAAACGUCUUCACCCAAAUUUUUGUACAAUUCGAAGAUUUGUCUGUGAUUUGUCAAUCUUUUUGUACUGCUGAUUAAGUAUAAUAACUAGGAAGUAAUUGACUAAGGUGCUAAAGAAAGUACUGUGAUCACUCAGUUCACUUUCCUUAUUAGUCAUAUUCUGAUGAAAGAAUAAAAACUUCUGACGUUCUAUAUUCAGGAGGGAUACAUUCAAGAUUCUGCUUGGAGUAUGACAUAUGAGGAAUAGACAAACAAAACAAUGUCAAAAUUGGCAAACAGCUGAGUUCUUUUGAGUCACAGCUUUCCAUGUAAAUCAGUUGCAGUAAUUUAUUGUCACCAGUUGGUUGUCUUCCGCAUUAUCUCACAUGUUAUAUUUAUCUGUACUUUAUUCAAAUUAACAUCAACUAUUGCUGUUGUGCUCAAAUAGUAACAUUAUAUAUUUGUAAUAAAUUAUUUAAAAUAAUUUACAUAACAUGGCAAACAGAUUAAACUAUUUAUUAAAACCUUAUUUUUCUGAGAACUGAAUAUUUACAAUGUGGUCUAUUUUUGUAAGU